AUGAUUCCCAACUUAAACCUCACGGUUGCAAUUUUGGCACUAGGUAGACUGUCUAGCUACGCUCAGGGGUUCGCGUUGCAGCAGUGGCUGGUCGCUCGCCCGUCAAGCAACUACGACAGCAGCCGGAAGGGCAUUGACGCCCUGUCCGCUGAGCAAAGUCCAAACAAUGGGCUGGAUAACGGAGAGCUUGUCGUCGAUACCCACUUCGUCCCUGGGGACGGGAGAAUCGAAAUCCUGACGAACGAUUUGCUUUCAAAGGCCCAAGGUCGAGUAGCCAUACGCCUCCGACCGCACGCGAGCUCGUCGGAGGAGGAGGGGGUGAGAGGGGGGAGGGGGGCCGAGGACGAAGGAUCUGACGGCGUUGAAGUCAACGACGGGAUGGUGUUCAGCAAGGAUUGCCUGCCGGCGUUUCGCUUUGAGCGGGGAGGGCUAGCUUUCGACGAGUAUCACACCCACGGCGAUGUGCCUUUCGAGGAGGAGCUUGCCAAGAGGGUAGAAGCCGCGCUCUCGCUGUCUCGGCCGGAGGAUACGUCGACUCUGAAAGAGCUAUGGUCUCCCGAUGCGGAGGGUGGAGACUAUCGGGAUGAGAUGGCGGUUGCCACAUACGUCGUGCAGAUCGCCAGCCACGUAGCGAGGGAGCUGCAGGGGGAGCUAUGCAAAGCGGAAGCCAUCAGCAAGACGGACUCGUCCCCCGUGACGGUGGCCGACUUCACCGUCCAAGCGCUCGUGCUGGGCGUGCUCUCGAGGUACUUUCCCGGGCACGGCUUCAUCGCCGAAGAGAGCUCCUCCGUCCUUCGACAGGACCCGGAAUCCUUGUCCCACGUCCUGUCCGUUGUGAGGACGGUGCUGGGGCGGCAGGGUCUGGCGGAGGCCGAUCUGUGCGCGGCCAUCGAUCUGGGAACGCGCGGGCAUGGCAAGAACAAGAGGGGGCGCAGGGGGAAGGGAGGCAGGACCUGGGUGCUUGACCCGAUUGACGGCACGAAGGGGUUCCUACGAGGGGAGCAGUUUUGCGUGGCGCUGGGUCUGCUGGACGGUGGGAAGGCUGUGGCAGGCGUACUGGGGUGCCCAAAUCUUCCAUGCCACAAGCACCCAUCUGAGUUUUCGGGAUGGGCUCAGGGAGGGGAGGCAAGGGGGCUUCUGUACACCGCGGCGCUUGGAGAAGGGACGUUCGUGCGCGGGAUCUCGGCCGGCGCGGACGAUUCUAGGCGAGUCUUCGUAGACCACGCUCGGAAGCCGUGUGACACUCGGGUGUUGGAGUCGGUGGAAGCUGGCCACACGUCUCAUGCAGUUGCGGCGCAGGUUUGCAACGACCUCGGAAUUACGCUUCCCCCCAUCCGGGUCGACGGGCAAUGCAAGUACGGGCUGCUCUCGGAGGGACAGGGAGGGAUCUACCUUCGCCUCCCGCGUUGGGGAUACGUGGAGAACAUCUGGGAUCACUGUGCUGGGUCCGUCGUUAUCCGAGAAGCCGGCGGGAAAGUGACGGACACCCGCGGGGAGCCACUUGACUUCUCGUUGGGCACCAAGCUGCCGCGCGAGGUUGUCGGGGUGGUGGCGUCUUGCGGACGGGUACACUCGGAUGUUCUUCGCGCGGUAGACAACCGCCAGCUCGAGGACUGGGCGAGGGUGGUGGCCAGGGCCGAGACCAAGUCGCGGGAGAGCGAGCCGCCACCGGGGAGCGCGGCGCCGUCGCUGCCGGGGGUGGAGUGGAUGCCAUUGAACGAUGAUAUCGGCGGCAGCAGCGUGGGGGAGGCUUGGCAAGCGACGGCGCUAUCGCAACGACGGCCUCUGGUGAUGCGGACGAGCGACCAGUUCUACGGGACUCUCGCGCGAAACUGGCACAAGCUGGUUGCUGUUCUCUUUCACGGCGGCACGAGCUACUCCCAGCACGCAGUGGGCAUCCUCGAAAGCCUCGCCCUCCUGCAGCAGGAGCCACCAAAGAGCCAGCAGCCCAACGACCCGCGCCAACAGACAGACCCGCAAGAGCAACGGCGACAUCGCUCGGGGCUGUCAGGAGCCAAGCCGCCAUCGCCACCGAGGGCACAGCCCGAUCUGGAGCGAGAAAGCGUUGCUGCGGCAACCACGACGACGGGGACGAUACAACCGGAGGCGGAAGAACCGCGGGCGGAACGGGUGCCGGUCUUGCUAGCGGAGGCCAACGUCAUGAGCCUUAUCGAGGUUGCGGACAGGCAAGCCAUAGGCCGGCUACCUUCGCUCCACCUGCACCUGGGAGGUCGUGAGAUUCUCAGGAUUCCGGUCAACUUCGGCGAGACCGUAGAGUCACUAGGCAAGAGGAUUGACAAGGUGGCUGUUAAAGUAUGCCAAGCAGGAGGGGCGCUGUGAAGUGGCAGGGGGAGGGGUUAACGAUUCCCCCCAUUCAUAAUGCUUCUUUUUGGGCUGGGUUAUAUGCGACGGCGGUACUAUUACUAUUUUUUCAUGUGUUGUUGGUGACCGUUGUCUACCAGAUUUUGUGUGAAUCCUGAUAGAUAUAGAAGCGCUUCCCGGAGUUUUCGCGUUGGAAGCAAGUUGAUUUUGAAAAGGAUGUCGUAUGAUAGGUGCAAGGGCAAGCAUCGCUAAAUGCGCGAGUGGUCGCGUGGUGUCGUAACGCAUGCGGUGCGGAGUUGAUGGUUGUGGUGAAUGCUAGGUUUACGUUGGUUUGCGUUUAAUCCGCGUGCGUGUUUGGCCUUUGGCGUCGAGUGGUCUGCGUGCCAUGAUUUUUUUUGUGUCAUGUGUCGAGUAAGGUGUUGUAUGCAAAGUACCGUUCCAUGUUUUUGUGAAUCAAACACACCUAUCCAGUACCAUAUGCAUCUUUUGUCCCAUGCCAUGCAGGCGCCCCAUGUGAUGGACAACCUCAGGUUCUUGAAAAAUUGGGGGCAGGUUGAGGAAGCCAGCUGUAUGUCCGUGCGUGGAUGGACACGAAUGGUAUUCGUUGCAAGA